UGUAUCACCAGAUUCUAAACGUUCUGUGGAAAUUUGAGGUGAUUUCAACAAGAAUUCUCAAAAUGAUGUCAGAUUUUUUGGGACACGUUUUGGCCUCACAUUUUUAAAUUUGAUUUCAUAGUUUUGUUUUUAUUCUAAUGUCGUUUUGUGAAGCUGAAUCUCACCAACACGAGAACCUCUGAUAUUGUCCAAUCCAAAUGUAAACACAAAACAAAACACUUGGAGAAACACCCCUCCGUCUGUUCAUGUCUCCGUCUGUUCAUCUCUCCGUCUGUUCAUGUCUCCGUCUGUUCAUGUCUCCGUCUGUUCAUCUCUCCGUCUGUCCGUCCGUCUGUUUCUCCUCAGGGUCAAGAAGAAGGAGUUCAGUCUGGAGGAGAUCUACACCAACAAGAACUUCAGCAAACCCCCGGAAAGUCGUCUGGAGACGAUCUUUGAAGCUCCUCUGAGUCGUAAAAACGGCGCCGAGGCCUGGUGCGGGCAGAAGCGGGUCAAGCGUUUCCUGGAGUUCCCGGAGCUCGGAGAAUCUCGACGACCCAAGAAACCUCUGGUGGGAGCGGCCAAAGCCAACGCCGCCAUCUCCAGGAAACGCCGCGGCAACAGGGAGGAGCCGGCGCUGGCGUCCGACCCCGACUCUCUGCUCUGCGCCAAACUGGAGCAGCUGGCGGCGUGGCUCGCCCACAACUACAGCUGACCGCGGGAACGAAGGACACGCCGCGGGAACGAAGGACACGCCGCGGGAACGAAGGACACGCUGCGGAAGAGCGAGAGCGGGGGAAUAAAGGAGACCUGAGGGGCGGAGUUUAAUGUGGCGAGAGUCCAGGGGGUUAUUUAUACGUGUAUCUGCUGAGGUUGGUCGCCACGGCAACCGGCGCCACGUUUAGUCCAACUGUAAUCACCAUUCUCCGAGCGUUCAGACACUCCAAUAAAAAGCUCUGGAAGAAAGGACGAGUCUGGGCUGCACUCACUCCAGGACCUGGACUAGGACCUGGACUAGGACCUGGACUAGGACCUGGACUAGGACCUGGACUAGGACCUGGACUAGGACUAAACCAGUGCUUGAGUAAAAUGUGAACUAAACCUGCAUUAAACCUGGUCUACAUCAGAACUAAACCACAUCAGGUCUACAUCAGGACUAAAUUUGGCCUACACUAAACUUGGUCUAAACUCGGUCUUCAUCAGGACUGAACCCGGUCUACAUCAGGACUGAACCCGGUCUUCAUCAGGACUGAACCCGGUCUACAUCAGGACUGAACCCGGUCUACAUCAGGACUGAACCCGGUCUUCAUCAGGACUGAACCCGGUCUUCAUCAGGACUGAACCCGGUCUUCAUCAGGACUGAACCCGGUCUUCAUCAGGACUGAACUCGGUCUACAUCAGGACUAAACUCGGUCCCGCCUGUGUUCUCGGGCCUUUUCGACGGGCGCCAUCUUGAGGACUUUUGACGUUUGUUCAGAAGAUGUAAUAUUUAAUUUAAACUGUGUAAUCGCCAUGGCAACAGUGCUACUUUCUGAGCCCACCGGAGAAUGUUCCGGUGAGUUCUGCUUCAUUUCAGGUUCCGCUGCUUUCGUGUUCUCCUGGGGUCAGAGGUCAACGACUUCAAAAGAGCUUCAGACGAUCAUGAAGUCCAAACGUUCUCACAAAAACACGAGGAGAUCGUCUGCUGUUUCAGAGGAGAUCUUCUGCUGUUUCAGAGGAGAUCUUCU